AUGUCGACCUCCAGUUCACAACCUCCUAGCCCUCCCACAACAGCAUGCAUCGGUCUAUCCGCAACAGCCCUUAUUGUUUUCACUAUCCUGCUAUUCCCAGCGGUAUAUGUGGCGUAUAAACAUCGAAAAGUUGGCCAGGCGUGGUUUCCACCAUUCAUCAUCUUUUUUAUCUUUCGGAUCACUUCAGACAUUUAUUACCUCUCUCGGCGGAACGAACCUGAUAUUCCGACUGCAUAUGCUAUGAUAGCCGCUGCUGCCAGCACUGCUACUCUAUCAGUGGCUAUCAUUGGCAUAAUCUACGAAGCAUUGAAUUUGCCCCUGUUUCCAUACAAACAGCAAAGAAACCGCAUAGUAGUCAUCGCGAUGAACGUAAUCUACAACAUCGGCACGAUCCUAGCAGCGUACGGUGGAAUGAGAGAUACAACGAUGCCGGACAACAUCAAGAACGGAGCUGCCGACAAGGCCGGAAACAUCAUCAUGUUCCUCGUGAUGAUUGGUACUCUGGGGUGGCUAUAUCCUGCCGGGAAGCAUAUCUACUAUGCUCGGCAAGAUGUAAGCUAUCGGUCCGCUGAGAUACUAAUGAUGGCUGCUGCGCCUGCGACAGUCCUUCAGUUGAUUCGCAUGAACUACGACCUCAUUUACUCAUUUACGCAAAUCGCCAUGUUGCAUCCUACCACGGGUACCUUUGCGAUCCGAUUUGUCACAUUCUCCCUGCAGCUAGUCAUAGUUGGGAUGAUCAUUGUUGCUGGCUGGUUCAGCAAAGAUGCUGCAGCUAUUCGCGCCAGGGUUCUUAAAACAGAUAGCACCUCUGAGUUGGUUUGA